GGAUCCUACCCUCACCCUACGAACUUCUACUACCAAUAGGCCACACACCGACUAACAUCGUGAGGUUUUCCUCUUCUUCAAAGAGCGGUGUCUUCGACCCUCUUUCUUACAAUACUAUUGACCAUUCCAACAAGUAAUCCGCGACAAUGAGCUCAAAUCUUGACUUCUCGCCAGAAGGUCUAUUAGACCUCUCGUACGAGCAACGUGACCCACGAUACCAAUUUACCAAUAUGACUACGCGUUCGACUUGGCCACUGCCGUUGGAUAUGGCCUCAGGAGGAUCUGACGACCGACGGGAAACUUCGCCAGGACAUAGUGGACACCAACAGUAUCAAACCGGACAUCAUCAUAAUUCUCCCACAUUAUUGACAGAUUGGCCGAUACAACAACAACCACAGCAUUUGUCACCCCAGCAACUUUCCCCUCAGCAAUUGUCGCAAUUUAUCCCGGAUAACUCGUUGAUGGGACCACAAUAUACAUUUGGCAGCCCGUACCAAACCUCACCUCUCGACUAUGGCUUACCUGCAACCACACAAGCAGCUCUCGAAGCCAGUCUCCAGAUGGAAGCCCCAUUCAACGGACUCACACAGACGGUCGAGGCACAGGCGAAUCAAUGGCAGGAUUGGCAUGAAUUCGAGUAUGCGAUGAAUUUUACCUCAAACCAUGGAAUCCCAAGUAUAGGACGACAAAGCCUGGGAAGCAACUCACCGACGGGUACGUACUUGGAAGUGCUCUCGUUACCCAGUUCGAGUAGCGAUCACGGAUGGUCGACAGUCGAUACGUACCAGGAUUUCAACACCUAUCAACAAGCGCAAAACCAAGCAAUUUUCAACCCUGGACAAACUUUACAUUUGCGAAGUCACUCGGAUUCGUCGCAAUCUGAUGGUCACCAAUCGAUAGAUACGUUUGGCAGUUUUGAGGAUUUGUCAGGAUACCCGUAUUCGCCGUACUCACCGGGCUCGGAUAGCUAUUUGGAUGUGACGGGUGGACACAGGAAUUGUUUCCACGGCGAAGCACACCACCACAACCACGAUAUUAUCAGUCCCGCCGCGGCCGUUCCCCCGCAGCCCAUCCAAGCUCCAUCUACGAAAUCCACGGCGGCUUCCACAACCUCCAACCGUACCUCCCCAUCCAACACCUCAUCGCCUCCCGCGAGAAGAAACCCCGCACCUCGCAAGAGCCCCACGGCCAAAGCCACCAAACCGGUCAUCCGCCGCACCUCCAACGGAAAGAAGGAUGCCCCAACCGAGAAGCGCGUGGGACGGAGACGCGGCCCCUUAUUACCAGAGCAGCGCAAACAGGCUAGCGAAAUAAGGAAAUUGCGAGCCUGUCUCCGCUGUAAAUUCUUGAAGAAGACGUGCGAUAAGGGCGAGCCUUGUGCGGGAUGUCAACCUUCGCACGCUCGUUUGUGGCAGGUGCCGUGUACGCGUAUCGAUAUCAAGGAUAUUGGUUACUUCAUGAAGGACUGGAAGGCAGAUUAUGAACGUCACGUGGGCAGAGGUGUGUCUGUUUAUAAUAUCAAGGGAUUCUCGCAAAAGGAGGAGUUGCUUUGGAUUACUCAUGGAUAUGGAUUUGCUCUGCCGAUUAUGGCGAGAGAGGUCUACGUGAGUGAUGAUAGUUGCUUCAAUGUCGACUGGGUUGAGGGUGAUCACGAAGAGCCCAUCGAGUUUGAAACUCGCACGGAGAGAAUGUCUGCUGGUUCUGAAGGUGUCUCGAAUGAAGCAUUAUCUGAGUACCUCGAUAAACACAUCGAUGGGCCUUUUGAAGAAUUCAUCGAUGAGUACUUUGAGGGUACCCCAUUCAUUACCGAGAUCUUGAAGACUGCUCACCGCUACUACAUGAAAGAGAAGGUUUCCGUCGUCCGCAAGGCAUUGAAACUCGUUCUUGCCUACAACCUCACCUUACACGUUACCAUGGUCGAGCAAAGAGGAGACGAGCACCCAAUGGAAGGAAUCAUCGAAGACGAGGACUCUAAAUUCAACGGAAAGGUCGUCGCUCCCGUCAUGAUCAAUUUCCAAAUCAAAUGUGCCCUCGCCGACAUGUGGCGUGAGCUUCAAAAGGAGAUUCUCGAGGAAUUAUCCUCGCUAUACUCUAGCGUUUACAGUGGCGACAGACUCAAGAACUGGCCUACAAUCUUCAUGCUUGCAUCGAUUCUCCUCGCCGUAUGGGAAGAAAUGCAAUUCGAUUGCCAUUACCGGGUUCCCGACCAAGCAGCCGUCAACAAAUUCUGCAACGAUAUGGAAACCACCCCAGUAGGCGUCAUCGUCGGAUUGUUCCAUGCUAUUUCCCAGAAACUCCCUGCGUUUACCGAUUGGGAAACGAGAAGACAUGGUCAACUCCUCAACAACAACGUAGCUGUCUGCGAAGCCAUGACUGAGAUGAGAGGUCACGUAACCAAGCAUGAAUCCUACCUCAAAACCCGACCUGACGCCAAAUUCGACCGUCGCGAUUUCGACUGUCUCUCCAACAAAUUCCUCUCCAAACUCGUCAUUCGCGCAAAUUAAUCCUCCUCCUCCAUCUAUCCCCAUUUGCAAAUAUAUAACUUACCUACCUACCUACCGUCUGCUAUAUAAACCCCUCCCUGUACAAACCUGUUACCCAUCUCCGGUUUCCGGUACCAAGAUAACGAAUUCAAUGCUCUUCAUGACCACCCAUGACAUGAUAUGAAAAAAGAAAACGAUUGCAGGAAUAUGUUUUUCCACCUUUUCUCCUUCUCUCUUUCACAGAGAAUGCUAGAAAAAACGAAUGAAAAGAAUAAUUUGUUAAUUUCCUAUUUUUCUUUUACUAUUUUUGUCAACGGCAUAGCGUUUUGGUUGUUUUUUGAUUUUUUUUCCCUCGGUUUUAUUUUCUUCUCCUUUUCUUUUCAAUCUUUUAUCAUCAACAUCAACAUCCAAGGCAAACAAGCAAAAAGUUUCCUCCACAACCAACUCAACGACCCCCUUAACGAAACAAACGAAACAUGUUGAUUUUUGUUGUUCCAUGCCUAUAUGUAUGUAUGGAUGUAUGUAUCUAUGUCUGAUCAGAUUUUCCAGAAUUUUUCUCUAAAUCUACAUCUCAUCAUUACUUACACACAUACAUACAUACAUACAUAGAAACAUAGAAACACAGCAACAAAAUCACCCCCCUUUAACGAAGAUCAUGGAAUUACAAGAACGCUUAACGUUUACAUGUCAAUGUUUUUAUGUUUCUACGGACCCGCUAUGUUAUUUUUUAUUAUUCAUCAUUACUCAUUACUCAUUAUCUAUUUAUCCAUCUAUCUCACUGCGUUUCCUUUUCCCAGCCUUCUCACGGAAUAAAUGGACGGAGAGGUGUUUAUUUUAUUUUCUUUUUCUUUUUUUUACUCUCAUCUUAUCUCAUGGUCAUGGUUUCUCUCAAGCGUUUAUUUAAAAGAAGGCAGAAGAAAUGAUCGAAGUAACUGCCGAAAUAUGAACCCUAUGAAAAGAUUAUUAUUAUGGCAUGGCGUGCAUUGAACUUAUUUCUCUCUCGAUUUGUUUUUCUCUCUCAUUUUUUGUUUAUGGAAAGGGGGAAAUCAAUGCGGCUUGCGAUGGGAUGGGAUGAAAGAUGUGCGAAGAGCAAUAGCGCGAGCGAGGGGUGUUUUUUUAAGCUGCGAGGGGGAGAGAGAGAGAUAGAGUAUGGAGAAGGAGGAGGAGGAGGAGGAGGAUGUGUAUACGAAGUUACUGGUUGCUGGACGCAAGAAAGGCAUAUUUUUAUACAUGGGGAGAAUCUUCGGGGAGGGAAGGGUCGUAGAUAAAAACACCAAAAUUUAAAGCCUUUUCACUU